AAAGAAACUUACCGUUGUUCCAUUGUCUGUGAAAUCCUUCAGGGUUUUGAUUUUCCGGUGCUAAAUCGCAUUUCAACACUCAAACAAGUAGAAGAAGAAAGUAAUAUGGUUCUGAUACGGGAGUUAGAACAGCGAGUUGUGGCGGUGCAGAUUGGCCACUGGGAAUGUGAUGCUAUCGAGAAAUGGAGGUUCGAGGAAGAUCCGAAUGAGAGACAACGCAUCAUGAGGCUCCGUGAAGGUGAUGGCAUAGAUACGAUCACCACUAUGCUAAAACAUGAGUACAACAUCAGCGACGUGGAGACCUGCCUAAAGCUGACUUUCCGUUGGCCAUUGUGGAUGCUUCUGGUAGAUGACGGGACGACUAGACCUCAGUCCAUCAAGACGGACAACGAUAUGGACCUCUUCCUGUCCAUGAAAGUCGAUGUCGCUGACCUCAUUCUGUUCGUAACCACAAAGAACGACGCCGGGGUUGUAACGGAAUCACCUACGCUCUCCAACAAUGCGGGUUCGUCAUCCCAGCCCCAAUCAGCAACAUUGAUACACGAAGAUUACGUCAUUGUUGACCUUGCAUCUUCAGACUCGGAUGUUGACUCUGGUCAUAGCAGCAGACCCGACCCGUGGAACGAGAGGCUUGAUGGUUUGAUGAGUAAGAAAAUCUCCAACCUAGAGGUUGGUUCCAGCUCAAUAGUUCCUACCUACGCCAACGAAGAGAACACUUUCUUUGGCGUAGACUUAUCGAUGGGGGUAUUUGGCAGGGACGAAGCUCCGGUCCUGGACAGCAACAUAGAUGGAGAAAACACAGUGGUCAACCAAGCUAUAGACGAUGCAACGUACGAGGGAGAUGACAUAUUCGUGGGUCGGGUUUAUAAAAACAUGGAGGACUUCAAGUUUAAAUGGCCAUCCAUGCACUUCAAAGGAAGUUCCAUUUUCGUCACACCCGCUCAGAUAAGAAAGUGGUCCUCCUCAACUGUGUUGCCGACAGCUGUCCCUGGCGGGUCCCGCAGUAACUACCACAAACAAGCUUCCGCCAGAGUUGUAGGUGAGUUCAUGAGGCCGCAAUACAUGGGUGCUGGAAGCGGACCACCGCAUCCCAAUCGCGUCCCAAUCUUAUAUUGGAAAGCUUGGAGAGCUAGGGGGAUUGCUAUGGACGGAGCAAGAGGUUCAGUGGGCAAUAUCUACUCUCUUCUACCAACUUACUUGCAUGCUCUUAAAGCUGCCAACCCAAAGAUUUUUAUUCCUCCUAUUGAAGAGAGUUCUCCUCCUCCUACUCUCACAGCCGCUAAACUUCCCAUAACAACUAAGUAUUCACUCACCGUGCAUGCGACACUCAUUUCCGUUACUUCUAUUGCUGGAGUGUUUUUAUCGGCGGGAAUAGCUAAAGCAACUGCUGCUGGUUCUAAUGUCCCAAAGCGAGAUAUUAAACGCUACAAAGAUGCGCUCCAUCUCUACAAGUUAGUUGAUGUCCCUUACCUAGCGGGGUUUUUCAUGUACUAUGUAUUUCCUAGAGCAACUAAGCUUUGUGUUUUAUUCGUUUGGGUUGCAUAUUUAAUUAUCAAUCAAUUUUUCAACUUCGUCGGUCGAGAACGACCCAUCCCGUGGAACGAGAGGCUUGAUGGUUUGAUGAGUAAAAAAAUCUACAACCUAGAGGUUGGUUCCAGCUCAAUAGUUCCUACCUACGCCAACGAAGAGAACACUUUCUUUGGCGUAGACUUAUCGAUGGGGGUAUUUGGCAGGGACGAAGCUCCGGUCCUGGACAGCAACAUAGAUGGAGAAAACACAGUGGUCAACCAAGCUAUAGACGAUGCAACGUACGAGGGAGAUGACAUAUUCGUGGGUCGGGUUUAUAAAAACAUGGAGGACUUCAAGUUUAAAUGGCCAUCCAUGCACUUCAAAGGAAGUUCCAUUUUCGUCACACCCGCUCAGAUAAGAAAGUGGUCCUCCUCAACUGUGUUGCCGACAGCUGUCCCUGGCGGGUCCCGCAGUAACUACCACAAACAAGCUUCCGCCAGAGUUGUAGGUGAGUUCAUGAGGCCGCAAUACAUGGGUGCUGGAAGCGGACCACCGCAUCCCAAUCGCGUCCCAAUCUUAUAUUGGAAAGCUUGGAGAGCUAGGGGGAUUGCUAUGGACGGGGCAAGAGGUUCAGUGGGCAAUAUCUACUCUCUUCUACCAACUUACUUGCAUGCUCUUAAAGCUGCCAACCCAAAGAUUUUUAUUCCUCCUAUUGAAGAGAGUUCUCCUCCUCCUACUCUCACAGCCGCUAAACUUCCCAUAACGUUUGAGUACCUCUUCUUCGCCCUAGCUGCCUCGAUAAAUGGCCUCAAGUUCAUGCGCAAGGUUUUCCCAAAUGCAGCACACGCGGCAUGCGUAGUCCACUUGCAACGUAAUAUCUCAAGCAUUUUCAAGGCGAAGACUCUUUCUUUCUUGGUGUCGAGGGCCGCACGGGCAUACCGUAUCGCGAACUUCCACCUAGUGUUUGGGGAGAUUUGCCGGGUAUCCCCUGAAUACGGAGCAUAUCUCAAGUCAAUCGGGUUUGACCACUGGGCAAGAUCCUACUUCGUUGGAGAACGCUAUAAUGUGAUGACAAGUAAUGUGGUUGAGUUUCUCAAUGCCGUUCUCAAAGAAGCUAGAGAGUUUCCAAUUGUCUACAUCGUUGAGUUUGUGCGUAAAACUCUCAUGUCUUGGUUCGCAAUACGUCGAGAGACUGCAAAACAGGAGAACACUAUGCUGACACCAAAGCUAGCUGUGAGAUCAUGCACUUGCAAGGAAUUCAAUUUGCUCAAAAUCCCUUGUCCCCAUGCCAUUGAUGCUGCUAUCGUUGAUCAGGUUCCGAUGCAUUCUCUCGUUGAUGUACACUAUACAUCAUGUUAUUGGGUGAUGACUUACAAGGAUUCCAUCAAUCCUCUUCCGGCGCUCUCUAGUCUUUACGGACUCCCAGAAGAUAUUGCUUCAAUGAACUUUCUGCCACCCCACACGAAGCGCGCACCAAGGAGGCCAAAGAAAAAACGCUUCUUCUCACGCGGAGAGUUUCAGAAGAAAGGGUUGCGAGGACAGAAUGUUUGCUCAAGAUGCAAGGCUAAGGGGCACAAUAGGGCCACUUGCUGCAUGCCCAUAUAGAAAGUCCCACAUACCCCUCAACAUAUUCAAAAAAAUUCAAAUUCAACA